AUGUCUCGCAGCCGUUCUCCGGUGGGUGAACUGGGAGACACCAGGGUCCGCUCGGACGGCAUCGAGCUAUGGGUUGCGUUGACCUCAGAGCAGGUCGCCUUGUUGGACUCAGAAGAUGGAUCUCCUCCUGAUCCAUACUCCAAGCGCUAUGGCCUUCGGCGCCGAGCGGCUGAAGCCUUGGAACGUGCCCUUUCUUUCAUGCAGUGGCGCCCGGAUGGAGAGACUCGCCCUACACUCCAUCAGCAAGAUUUCACGCUGUGCAAGAUCGAUAUUACCGCCAAAGGCUACUUAUUCCUCUGCGAAACAAGACAGCUGGAAUCGAGGAAGCAAGGCCAGUGGCGCCUCAUUGGUAACCUCCGAUCAAAGUUGACUGCGCAAGUGGUGGACGGGGAAGCCCCCAUCCUCGUCUAUGAAGUAAGACCGGACAGGCAUCAGAUAUGCUAG